UUGUGCUGUUCUUUCACUCUCAUCAGAUAUCCAGAGUCUCACCAUCACAUGAAGAUCUCUCAUUAGUUCCUCACUUCAACAAAGGAAACAGCAACAUCCGGUUUUUGUAUAAGUGGAUUAUAAAUACACCCCGUCAUAUUUUUUCACUCAUUUAUUUCAGAAGAACUUUAUCAAACUAACUUUUUGGAGGCACUUUGGACCGUACAACAGCUGCAUGCAGAGGCCGGCAGCUGAGGAGCGAUGUCAUCUCUACUCUCUCAGCACAAAGAUCAGCCUCGCCUCAGAAAGUCGAUCUCAUCUGACUCCUCUCCAGCUUCAUCUGCUGCCACCACCAAGAGCCUGAGGCAUGAGAGACUGUCAAGAUUAAACUCGGCUGGAUCCACCGACUGCUCCAACAAUACAUCAACAAAUCAUGCAGAGUCGUACUUCAAACGUAGAGAGAACAGACUGUCUGCGAGGAAAAAAGCAGAAGAAGAGACAGCAAACAGUGACUAUAAAAAGAUGUAUGAAAAAGCUCUGGCCACCAAUCAAAGGCUCAAGUCCAGGCUGGAGACGAGUAAACAGGAACUAAAUGUGAUCCAGGACCAGCUGCAGAGGGCACAGAGGGAAAGACCAGGAGACAGCAGCUCCAACAUGCUGGAGGCAGAAAAGAAGGAAAGUUGGAGUCUAAAAAAGAGGAUAUCAGAUAUGGAGGAGCAGUUAAAGGCCAAAGCCGAGCUCAAGAUGGAGAACCAGAGACUGAAGGAUGAGAACGGCGCUUUAAUCCGGGUCAUCACUAAACUGUCUAAAUGAGAGAGAAAGCAGGAAGGAUGAGAAGAGGAGGAAUGGAUAACAGAAGCCAUAUCUACACUUGUAUUCAUCCUUUCUUCAUCCUUGCCUCUGAAAGAAUGCAUGUGCAUAGUUUGCCGGUACUUUAGGAAAUUGAUUUCAUGCUUUUUUUAAAUUGUCUGUUGAAGCAUUUGCAAAUAUAAAAACAUAUUUCGACACAUCUAACGGAGCUCUCUGAUACUGCAGUGCAUCUACAGCACAGUAACGACUCAUUUCCAUAAAGAAAAUAUUUAAAUCAAACUUCUUUUUUGUAUAUUCAGAAUUCUACAUAAAUAAAAAGCCAGCACUAUCACUUAA